AUGGCAGACCCGCGGUACAGAGUAAACGUCCAUCUCCUGAACGAAAACCAGCAAUGGGUCGCUCUAGGCACCGGUCACAUCUCAUCCACUUACGAUGAGCAGUUCCAGGGCAUGUCGCUGCUUGUUCGGUCGGAUUCAGAUGGGUCAGUCAUCUUGCGGUCACAGAUACUGCCAGACAGGCCCUAUCGGAAACAUCAAGAGACACUAAUUGUUUGGUAUGAAGCUGAGAAACGUGGUAUGGUGCUGAAUUUCCAGGACCCAGCUGGCUGCCAAGAUAUUUGGGAAGAAAUUUGCCAAGUUCAAGGUAAAGAUCCAUGUGUCCUAAUCACACAGGACAUUUCAGAUGAAUCAGAAGAAGAAUUUGAUGAAAUGUCAGAAAUUAGUUAUGUGAUUGAGCUGCCUGACUGUGAACUCGAUAGACUUGAUCAAAUUGCUAACAUAGUUACCUCAGUUCACUCGUCACCUAUCCGUAGAGAAAGGCUGGCUCUGAUGUUGAAAAAUGAGGCUUAUAUUCAAAAACUACUGCAACUGUUCCACACUUGUGAAAACCUAGGGAAUACUGAAGGUUUAUACUGUUUGUAUGAAAUUAUUAAGGGAAUCUUACUCCUCAACAAAGCAUGUCUGUUAGACAUAAUGUUUUCUGAUGAGCAUAUCAUGGAUGUGGUGGGAUGCCUUGAGUAUGAUCCUGAUUUGGAUCAGCCAAAAAGGCAUAGAGACUACUUGAUCCACAAUGCAAAGUUCAAGGAAGUUAUACCAAUGACUAACUCUGAACUUAAGCAAAAAAUACAUCAGACAUACAUAGUACAGUACAUUUAUGAUAUUCUUUUGCCUGUGCCAAACAUGUUUGAAGAGAGUCUGCUUUCUACACUUGCAACAUUUAUUUUCUACAACAAGGCUGAGAUAGUCAGCACGCUGCAGAAAGACCACAAAUUUUUGUUUGAAGCUUUUGCACAGCUAAGGGAUGAGACUAUACAUGAAAAUAGACGGUGUGAAUUGCUAUUUUUUUUCAAGGAAUUAUGUUCAUUUUCUCAGGCAUUACAGCCUGAAAUCAAGGAUGAACUGUUAGAAACGCUGACACAGUUGGGAAUUCUUCCUGUUCUUAAAAUCGUAAUGAUCAGGGAUAAUUUGCAAGUAAGGUCAGCUGCUGCAGAUAUAUGUGCUUAUCUAGUGGAAUACAGUCCAUCCAAGAUCCGAGAAUUUAUAAUUUCAGAAGCCCACCUGUGCAAUGACAGUGACCUUUUCAUUAAUGUAAUAAUUAAACAAAUGAUCUGUGAUACCGAUCCUGAGUUAGGAGGGGCUGCUCAUUUGAUGGCAUUUCUCCGUACUCUACUUGAUCCAAGCAACAUGCCGUCAACACCUGAGAAAACUGAAAGAAGUGAAUUUCUACAUCUCUUCUACAAACAUUGCAUGCAUAUAUUGGUAGCACCACUUUUAGCUGCCACCUCAAAACACAACUGUGAGGAGGAUGACAUAUUUGGAUAUGAGAAAAUCAAAAAUUGCCCUAAUAAUAAUCAAACAGCACAGCUGCUUGCUUUGAUAUUAGAGCUACUUACGUUUUGUGUAGAACAUCACACAUACUACAUGAGAAACUACAUCUUGAACAAAGACCUGCUAAGAAAAGCCUUGAUCUUGAUGAAAUCAAAGCAUACUCACCUGAUUUUGUGUGCUCUUCGCUUUAUGAGAAGGAUGAUUGGCCUUAAAGAUGAAGUUUAUAUUUGUUACAUCAUCGAGGGAAAUCUUUUCGGGCCAGUUGUAAAUGCUCUUCUAGAUAAUGGCACUCGGUACAAUAUGUUGAAUUCAGCUAUUCUUGAGCUAUUUGAAUACAUAAGAGUGGAAAAUAUCAAGUCUCUUGUUUCACAUAUAGUUGAAAAGUUUUAUAACACUCUUGAAUCGAUUAGAUAUGUUCAAACAUUCCAAGGAUUGAAGAUUAACUAUGAACAAGAGAGAUACACACAAACUGAAAUACGAAAGAAUUUACAUUCUGUACUGCAAAAUAUAGUAGUUUGCACAGGUACCGAAGAAGAAAUGGAGGUGAAAGAAGAAAUGUGUUUUACAGAAGGCGCAGAAGAAGCAGAUAUGCCACCACUGGAAGAUGAUGAUGAAUUUAUGGAGACUAAACGAACCCAAGAACAUGAAGACAAGAUAGACUCUCCUAAAAGAACAUCUUCUGGUGACCUUGGAUUCUCUUCAUCUUAUUCUGCUUGUGCUGCUAUUGGAACAAGUAGCCCAGGCGAUAACAGUGUGGUUUGUUCAGUGGAUCAUCCAGAUGAUGAAAAAGAAAAAGAAGAAGAUGAAGAAGAUGAAACAUCCCCCAAGAAGAAACCUCAUCUUAGCUCCUAAAAUCUGUAUAGGGGACCCUCAACAUAAUUCUGUAAACAUGAAUGAGCUAAAAAGACUGAUUCCACCAACUUUUACAUGUGAACUUAUAAUGAUAAAUUACAAAUAUGAUGAGUUAAGAAGGUUUAAUUCUGUAAAAACAAAAUUUCUCAUAAUCUUUAGAAAAAUAGUAAUGAGCACCUGGGUGAUGAACUUAAGCGAGAAAGUCUUAAUUGGGGGCAUGAUUUGGAAAUCAUCUCUGGGGAGGAAAGUCUUAGUUUGGAGUGGGGAAGAACCAGGUUGAUAAAAUAAUAUUAAUGUAAUUUUGUUCUAGAGGUAUAUUAUUAGAAACAGUAGUAACAGUUCAGUUGA